AUGGAGAAGUUAGCAGUUUUAAUUCAGUUUAUAUUUAUUUAUUCCGUUUUGGGGGAUUCAACAUACUAUAGUUCGUACUAUGGAUUACCUUUAACUUCUACUCAAGUAGCCGCAUACACAUCCAAUGGCACCGUUGCAAACUGUACAGUCGCAGUAGAGGCCUGUGAUGAAACUGAACCUAGACGUAUUGAUGGGACAUGCAACAAUCUGAACUACCCAUCUUACGGUGCUACUCGCACUCCUUAUUAUAGAAUCCUCGAUGCUUCUUACCACAAGAAAUCGAGUUCAGAAUUCGAGCCCAGGCUAUCAUCGUCAGGAACUGAACUAAACCUGACAAGGAAAAUUAGAACUUCAAUCUGGGCUGAAGGACGAGUGGACGAUGAGGUCCUCACCAGUGUUAUCAACCAUUUGGCAGUCUUCUUCGCAACUGAUAUCACCAACACUCGUGACACAACAAACUACGUAUCCUGGAGACCAUACUGCUGCAAGAGUGCAGGUAAAACAGACUACGCUUGCACUCCCAACCACGUGCCCAAAGAUGACUUCGUGCACCGCUUUUCUGGAAUCCGAUGCUUGAACAUGACCAGACCUCUGACCUUCCAGACUUCUGGAUGUGCUCCUAACACUACCACACCAUUGAGAAUUGUAGACGCUACUCCCCUGGUAGACCUGUCUCCUAUUUAUGGUAACACUAUUGAGAAGGCAAGACGCACAAACUCCGGUGGAAAGCUCGUUACCGUCACAGUCAAUAACAGAAUUAAUUUCCCAGACACAUCAACCCUUAAUCUUCUUCUUGGAAUCAACUUUGUGGGUAUUAUUCUCUUCUGGAAUAACCAUAACUUCAUCGCUGACCAGCUUGCCGCUGUCAACCCCUGCUGGACUGAUGACCAGCUCUUUGACGCUGCUAGGGAAAUUAACAUCGCUUAUGGUGUUCAAAUGUUCUACUAUGAACUUAUGGCUACUUUGAUGGGUAAGGACAACUUGAUCGCUGACGGUAUUUUAUCUGAAGAUGAAGGCUUUAGGGAUCUAUAUGACGAUACCAAACUGCCACAAAUUGCUUUGGAGUACCCAGUAGUGUUGAGAUGGAUGCACUCUCUGCAAGACGGUGACUUGAGAAUGUACUACACUAACGGAACAUACAAAUCCACCUUCCCCAUUGUGGAUCUGACCUCAAACACUGAUUUCCUGAAGGUGAACGACACAAUGGACUACGUGACUCAAGGGUUCUUCAGACAGCCCACAGCCAAUUCUGAUGACUACGUCGCGGACCCUGAUAUUGUUCAACGAGGUCUCGGUCGUCUGCAGAGGUCUAAUGACAUCAUGACUAAUGACUUGGCCAAGAACCGUUACUUUGGUUUCAAAGGAUACACUGAGUAUAGGAACCACUGCUUCGGUGAUUCUAUCACCAGCUUCGAUGACCUAACUGACAUCAUUGAUGUUGAGAGGAUAACACAGUUACAACUAUUGUACAAAGACGUGACUGACAUCGAUUUGCUGGCCGGUAUAUGGGUGGAGAAGAAGAAGGAGAACUCCCACGUACCUCCCACCUUCUACUGCCUCGUGAAAGAACAACUGGAGAGGUCGAUGGUGUCAGACAGACAUUGGUAUGAAAGAGAGUCGAGACCAAAUGCUUUCACUGCUGAUCAAUUGGCGCAAAUCCGUAAAGUGAGUUUGGCGCGUAUGCUGUGUGAUAUCGGGCCUGGUGUCACUGAGAUCCAACCUAGGGCAUACGAGUUACCCACAACUGAUAAUGUGAUCGUCAGUUGUGAUGAAAUUCCCAACUUAGACUACUCCUACUGGGCGGACGAUACUUGCACUACAUCAUCAUAG